CAUCACCUCCUCCCUCUUCCUCCUCCUGCUCUUCUUUACUCCUCUCUCCGCUCCGCUCCGCUUGACUCGACUCGGCGCUUCUAUCCGGACCGGGAGGCUCACACUCAGGGAGCGGGACAGGUUCACCCGGAGCGGGAGCAGCAGGGUCCGUGUUCCGGCUGCGGGCCGCCGUCAUGCUGGGCACGGUGAAGAUGGAAGGCCACGAAGCUCCGGACUGGAGCGGAUACUACAGCGAGGAGGUGUACUCUCCGAUGGCAGGCACUGGGAUGGGUUCUGGUCUUGGAAUGGCGUCCAUGUCUGGCUACAUGUCGAGCGGUGGCACCACGUCGGGCUCCUUCAACAUGUCGUACAGCGGUACCGGUCUCAGUCCGUCCCCCGUAGGAGGGAUGGGGGGCUCCGCUCCAGCGCCUAUGUCGAGCUUAGGUGGGGGUGUGGCUUCCAUGGGUGGGCCUCUGAGCCCGUCCAGUAUGAACUCGGUGUCGGCCCAGCAGGCCUCCUUGGGUCUGAACCCGUAUGGAAGCAUGAGUCCCAACAUGGGCUCCGGCAUGGCGUACGGUAGUGGUGGACUGAACCGAAGCCGUGACAACAAGACGUUCAGACGGAGCUACCCUCACGCAAAACCCCCCUACUCCUACAUCUCACUCAUCACUAUGGCGAUCCAGCAGGCGCCAAGUAAGAUGCUGACUCUCAGUGAGAUCUACCAGUGGAUCAUGGACCUGUUCCCCUACUAUCGGCAAAACCAGCAACGCUGGCAGAACUCCAUCCGCCACUCGCUGUCCUUCAAUGACUGCUUCGUCAAGGUUUCCCGUUCGCCCGACAAACCGGGGAAAGGUUCGUACUGGACCCUGCACCCAGACUCAGGCAACAUGUUUGAGAACGGCUGUUACUUGCGACGUCAAAAGAGAUUUAAGUGCGAGAAGAAGACUCCGGGGAAACCAGACGGGAGGAAGGAGCAUAUGGGAGCAGGGGGCGGCCGUUGUACCUCUCCUGCCGGAGAUUCUGCCAAACCCGUCGGACUUCUGGACUCAUCUGUGGCCUCCUCCAGCCAGACGGGCUCCCCCACCGGCCUGGAUCUGAGGGGAGGUGUUGGAGGGGUGUCUGACCUGAAGGUAUCCAGCUCUCAGUUAUUGUCUUCCCUGUCACUUCCUCCCCACUCCAUGGCCCAUGAAACUCCUCUGCAUAUAAAAGGAGACCCCCACUACUCUUUCAACCACCCGUUUUCCAUCAACAACUUAAUGUCGUCUUCGGAGCAGCAGCACAAACUGGACCUGAAGGCCUAUGAGGCUCUACAGUACUCUUCUUACAAUGGUGGGGGGGCGUCCGGUCUUGGGGGGAGGACCAUGGAGCCUCUUGAGGCCUCCUACUACCAGGGCAUGUACCCCAGACCGCUCCUGAACAGCUCAUCAUAGCCGCUGCAUGGCGCACACUUCCUGUCUGGACUUGGACCUUCUGCAUGCAGCUGUCCUGGACUUCCUGUCUGAUAGUGUUGAUACUGACCUGUAAGCUAAAGAGAACUCCCCGCACUGUGACCAAACCUUGACACUGACAUUUGAAUCCUCAGCAAAUUAAAACUGACCCCGGGUCUGUGGUCUUCUUUCAUGCUUUUAAGAUACCUUCAGGUCUAAAAACAUCAAUGCAGGAUCUCAUUGGUCACAUUUAUGAGUCCAAAACAGUCCAAGAUCUGUGAGCUCAGGAUCUGGAGGAAUGUUGCUGUUGCGGAAUUUGGACUAUAGCACUGAUGGAUCGUUUCUGUCACAUAAUUCCAAACAUUUUGACCUGUAGUGAAGUUGUUGUUGCUUGAAAUGCUUUAGUCUGGUUUGGGGCAUGCUGUUUUUUCAAAACAUAACCUCUGGAUUGGUUAAGCCCUUACCUGCCAUGAGGACACCGGUGUCCUCAGGGAUCCAUAGACUUGCAUGUAUUUGUUUCUGGAGUGACAUUUAAGGGGCACAAGACGAAAUCAGCAUUGGAAUGUUUGAUCUGGUUGAGGCACCAUCAUUCCCCUCACUGUAGAAUCAUUCAAAUAGGUAAACCAUCUUUUGAUAAAUUAAAAAGAUUUUUUUUUUCUUUGGUUAAACAGUCAAAUUUUGCAGAACUUCUGAAAUAGAUUUUCAGAUGUCUUCCUUGCUCCUUAAUUCAAGUGUUGGUGUAAGACUGACAGGUAUCAUGAAUUUCUUCAUGGACAACAUGAUACAGAGUGGCAUCUCUUUAUUUUGGUUUAUUGUUGAUAGUACCAUAUAACCAAUGCAGACUGGUCAGACAGAGUUACACCUGUUGUCACAAAAUGUUGACAAAAUCCCAGAAAUAUUAUGUUUAUUUUCACUGCAUCACUGCAGCUUCACACACAGAUGUUGGUUGUGCUCAGUGGCAUCCGGUGCGUAACCAUCCAAACCUAAAGAACUCAUUUUUUAAGAAUUAGUGCAUUGCUAAGGCGGAAGCCGAUGAGCGAGACUGAAAAGCAAGUUAAACUAAAACCUCCAAGCCUUCAGUUCUGCCGGUCCAGAACGCGCCAAAUUAUCCACAUUCUGUCCCGGUUGUGUUCAACCAGUCUCAGGUCAGAGGUCACCUGGAUAUGAUAAUGCGCCUGUUAUGCCGAUGUUUACAGAACGGAUCGAGAACCAAGAUCAGAAACCAUAUUUCUCUGUAGAGCAUGAUGAGGAUUUAUUUCUCCCACGACCUCCUUUGGAUCUCUGGUGACCUCUUGAGAGGUCGCGGCCCUCAGUCUGGACACAUGAAUGGUGUUUUAUUUAAGGGGUCUAUUUGUGUAAAAUAAAAGACGGAGAGGCUCGGGGGAGGGAUCUAUAUAAAUGAUGAGGACGAUCAAUAAUAAGCUCUCUCUUUUUCUCUCUCUGUAGUUGAACAUGAACUGAUCUCGUUAAGAUGAACCAAAGCAGUUCAGUCACACAACAUGAAAAAUGUCUCAUUUGUGUUCCGCCUGACCAGAACUCCAACUUGAUUAUCAGAAAGAAUCAAAAAACAAUUAGAUUUCUGUUCAUCAAAUCACUCAUGAAGCUCCAUCAGUGGAAGAAGUGGGUCUGAAGAGUUUAUGCAGAGUAUUCACAUACUUUGUAAAUGUCUUCCCUUAGAGAAUGAAAGUCAUCAUUUAGUUAGACAACAGACACGUGUAAAAUAGAUGAAAUGAUAUUGCAUAUUUUUUUGUAAAUUAGUAUUAUUUAGGCGAGUAAACGACAGCAGUAUUCAUAGUUCAAGUGGACCUCAUGCGUUCAUUCCCAUGGCAUCCAUACAGAAGCAAAGACUUUGCUUUCAUUUGAAAAAAAGUUUCGUUUUUUUUUUCUGUCUCUGACCCAAAACAGAGACUAAUCCCACAGCCCUGUAUCAGCGCACGCCGCAGCAGAGCCAGCAGAACCGUGGCAGCGCUCCAACCGUCUCACCAGCAGAAAAAAAAUCCUCCCAGCUGCAAUGUCAGAACAACACACUGCUUAACAUACACACACACACACACACACACUCGCCCACACAAACCGGCGUUUGCUACAUGGUGUUGCACGUUCAGGUGUUCUGGUGUGACCUCUGACCCUGGAGGCUCAUCAGAGGAACACGCCGCACUGCACGGUCUGCUCAACUGCGGGUUGGUUAGGGAGCCACGUUAUGAUCACUCUGAUCCUGAAUGUUUGACGACUCGACGCAAUCACUUCCUGUUCCAGGCCACCUCAUCAUUCCCAUCCGCAUGAACGGAGCGAGUGCUGUUCUCUUCUUCGUUUGGAUUUUUUUUUUCUUUCUGGAAGAGAAGCCCUGUUUUAUCACCCUGCCCUCCCUUCUUGCUGCGCCUCCUUGUUGUGUUUUUGGUCUUUGUUGGUUUUGAUUCUGCAUGCAUGUUCUUAACUUAUUCUGUCAUUUUCAAAUAAAACCGACGAAUACAAGAAA